UUCGUCUGUGUCCGUCAAUGUGGUGAAUAUUUCUGCCUCCUGCCUUCUCCGUGUCACAUUCCAGCUUCCAGGGCACAGCGUCCUCCUGACAUGGGUUAUAAAGAGAAGCACAGCUCCAGUAUGCAUCCGCACACGGCGUUAAGAUCACCUUUUACCUCCAGUGACUUGUUUGAACUGUUUUGAAUAAGCAAACAGACUCUCUAGGAGAAUUUACCUUUCCUUUUUCUUCUACUUGAAUGCAAUCUCACUUACACAGAAGGCUCACUUACAAACAGUGGAAUACUCAAGUAAAACAGUAUUUUUUACGGCUUCAAGGACAGAAUACAUUGGUGUGAGAUCGCAUAGAUGGACCGCAAUGUAUCAACACACUCCAGUACCACACAAUAAGUGAUCCAGAGAGCAUUUGUGGAUGAAAUGGUUACAGCUUUCCUCAAUGAAAGGCAAGCCACUACUGAGGAGAUGGCUUUAGUAAGCAAUGCACUGGCUGCUUACUCCUUCAUAGCAGAUCACCCGGAACGGGCGGCACUGUAUUUUGUGUGUGGAGUGUGUUUGGGACUGGUUCUCACUCUCAUCGCGUUAGUGGUGCAGAUCUCCUGUCGAACCGACUGCAAAACGCAACAAGCGCCCAAGAAAACCGGCAAGACCGCGGAGAGCACCAGCGACACGAGCGACAGCGACUCGGACUGGGACAAUAGCUCCGACCUGUCGGCACGCCGCCACCGGCGCUUUGAACGGACGCUCGGUAACGUGUUCACCUCGGCGGAGGAGCUGGAGCGCGCGCAGCGACUAGAGGAGCGCGAGCGGAUUAUACGGGAGAUCUGGAUGAACGGACAGCCGGACAUGCCGGCCACGCGCAGCCUCAACCGCUACUAUUGAACUCUCUGAACCAACGAGACGCUAUUACAUUUUUUGGGGAUACAGUUAGGGACUGAAAUAUGGGAAAAGCCAACACUUAAUACGUUUUGGAACAUCUCAUCUGGUGGCACUGGCACUACUAGUGAUGCAUUUGUGUUUUUGAAGGUGCACUCAGUACAUUUUUUGUUUAUGUUGCGCUGAUAGUAGUUUUGUACUUAUACUGAUGACGCCUGUAUACUGACACCUGGUGGCGCGGAUGAAAAAGCAACGGUUUUGGUUAGGGGUAAAUUUAUGUAAAUUGAGACACUUUUUGCCACUGAGAUGUCCUAGUUAACUGAUAACACAGUAUAAAUGCUUUAUUCGACAUGAUUAAUUUAUUCCCCGAGUGAGUAAGCAACUUCAACAAAUCUACACUCGACCUUGCUCCAUGUAAAUCCGUUCUUAUUAAGUGACUGAUGGUUGACUUCAUGAUUUUAAACUUUUUUUUUUUUUUAAUUGCUAUUCAUUUCUUUAUGUGUUAAACUUUAAUAAGGGAAAAUUACUGAGUGCACCUUUAAUGAAACUUGUUUUAAUGAAGAAUUCACCAUGACAUGCAAAACAGGUGGAAAAUUAAUAUGUUUGAGUUUUGAAUAUGCUUGACUUGAAAUACUGUAUUUUUUAAUUAGAAUGAAUUUUGUCUGAAAGUAGGUUUGGCCACGUGGACAUUGGACAAUUCAGACACCUAUUUUUAUUGAGAUGUUAUUCUUUAGUUGGCUAAUAUCUUUUUUAUUUAAGCAAAAUGUCUUUCUGUUACAAACACUUUUAUUAUACUAAAGCUUUGUCUUGGAGCUCAGGGUUUUCAUGACCUCUGUGAAGGAUUUCUCUUCAUUUGUCAUAUUUUGUCAACCGACAAAACAAAAAUGAUGGUCUGUGCCUUCAUUUUAGAAAAAUCCACUGUAAAAAUUAAAAAGAUACUUGUAGUGGAAAACCUUCUAACAGAUCAGUUCUAGAGGGUUCUGCAUUGUGGCAAUCAGAGAAUCUUUUCAUUUGUACAAUGUAUGCCUUCUUCAAGCAAGUAUUAAUUAUGCAUGGAAGACAAUCACCUCUGUUUGUACUAGAUUUUUUCACAGGAUAGUAUCAAUUUUCUACAUGGUGCUAUAGGUAAAAUCCAUCCGUGCGUGAGCACAGUUCAGUCCAACUUUAUGGUCCAGAAGUGUCAGAUAUAAAUAUGUUCCUGUCCUUAUUUCUCCCUUUGGUGUUCAACACAUGCAGCAUAUUAAUAAUGUAACCAAGAGGCUCACGUGCUUCCACUGUUUCAUUCCAUACUCAUUCAGUUUAAGUGUUUCAACAAUAUUUUAAUUUCAUAUAAAUAUAUGGAUUAUUAGAAAAUGAAUUUGCAUUUGGUUGUCUUUAACAUGGUUGUUUUGAAUGUGUAUGAAGUAAUGUGCCAAAAGUUUGUCUGUGGAUAAAGUGGAUAAAGUCACUACAUCUUUCCAUAAAAUAAAAACAAAGAUUAAAAAACAAACAAAAAAAAAAACUUUUGUUUAUGCCACUACUCCUGUAAUUCUGAAUGUCUCUUUGCACAAACCCUAACUGAAUGCAAUAGUGCCCUCUGCUGUCUGAUGAACAGCUAUUAUGACAGAAUA